AUGUCGGUCAAUAUACAGAACCGGACCUUUGAGUUCCAACAAUGUGUACUGACUUAUGACAAGAUUCACAAGAAACAGCAUCAGGCCAUAAGCUCGCCACAGAAUCGAAACCCACCGCCCAAAUCCAAGGUUAAUCAACAAGCCAGUAUUAUAGCCAAGGACAUAUCACAUGCUACUGAUUUGUUGGCGAAAUUGGCGUAUUUGGCCAAGCAGAAGCCACUUUUCGACGAUAAGCCUGUGGAAAUCAAUGAGUUGACAGUGAUUAUCAAACAAGAAAUUUUCAAGAUUGAACAGAACAUGCAAAAUCUAAGGAAAUAUAUUCUGGGAGAAUCAUCAUCUGCCAAUAUUGAUAAGCAAAUAUCCAAGAACUCCAAUAAUAUUUUGAAUUUAUUAAGUUCCAAGAUGAAGAAUGUUUCUGGUGAAUUUAAAAAUGUAUUAGAGAUUAGACAACAGAAUGAGUUGAUCAACAAACAGAGAACAGAAAACUUUUUGUCGUCUUCGACGUCUGCUUCUAAUCGGAAUGGCAGUAAGUCUCCUUUAUAUGAGGUUUUGAAUAAUGAAAACUCUCUUAAUAUGCAUAAUAAUUCCAGCUUAUCUUCACUAGGAGAGAACCCAUAUCUUGCAGCUGCGAACUCUUAUAAUCCAGCACUUGACCGCAAUAGAGGUGGUGGUAGUGGUGGUGCUGAUCCAUAUGGUGAUGGAGAGUAUCUUUCUAUUCCUAACCAAACACAACAAAUGCUUCUUAUGGAAGAACAAAACCAACAAUAUCUCCAACAACGGGGACGUGCAGUGGAGACCAUUGAAUCCACCAUCAAUGAAGUGGGGAAUCUCUUUCAACAAUUAGCCACAAUGGUAAGUGAACAAGGUGAAACUAUCCAAAGAAUAGACCAAAACGUAGAUGACAUCAACAUGAAUAUUUCUGGAGCCCAAAGAGAAUUAUUAAAGUAUUAUACCAAUAUUUCCAAUAGUAGAUGGUUAUUCUUGAAGAUCUUUGGGGUAUUGAUUGUGUUUUUCUUAUUAUGGGUAAUGGUUAGUUAA